AUGAGCACCCCUCCGUCCGCCUUCUUUGGCUACGGUCACCACGACGAUGACGAGGUCGAGCCACUUGACAGAGGACUUCAAGACCACCUCGAGUCACUAUUCGCAGAGUUCCACCGCCCAUCGACACCGCCGUCCCCACACCUGACCUACCCAAUCCGCACGCAAUCCGCUCAACCGCGCCUUAUAGCAUCCGCGCACGUACCAUUUGCACAGGGCCUGCCCGUUCCAGAACCCAAGAUCGACCUCCGUGACCUGGACUAUGUCUCCGACUAUGACCCGCACCUCAUGUGUCCAAUAUGUCACGUUCCCUUCGUCGACCCAAUCGUCCUCGACUGCGAUCAUACCUUCUGCCGCCAAUGCUACGACGAAUACUGCCGGGAGCCCGAUCCACGCGUCCAAUGUCCCACAUGUAGAGCAUACAUUCUUGGCCGCCCGCAACGCGCUUCCCGCCUGAUCGUCAACAUGUGCGACGACGUCAAAGUCCGCUGCCCAAAUGACGACUGCGAGGCUGUGCAUGCACGCGGAUAUAUGGAGAGACACGCGAUCAAGGAAUGUCGGGAGUACCCCAUGGACUGUCCUGGACGGAAUUGCGACAAGAAGGUCAAGCGCAAGAACUUCAUCGACGGCACGUGUAUCCACAGCUCACACAUCGAAUGUGAUUGUGGCGCAGUCAUCGAGCUCGGACGCGGCGAAUGGCUGAAGCACAAGGACGAGGACUGUCCUGCAACCGGCGUUAAGUGCGAGGCUUGUGGCGAGCGCAUCACCGUCAAAGCCUACCUCGCCGGCCAGAAUGGACACAUCUGCCAGGCAAACAUUACAAGCUACUGUCCAGGCGUCGAGUUCGGGUGCAGCACGAACAUCCCUUUCUCAUCACCCGAAGAGCUGGAAUUUCACUCUGUUGGCUGUCCCUUCGCUCGCUUAGCGCCACAUUUCAAGAAACAGGCCGAGAACCUGAAGUCCGUGACAGAGCAGCUCGCCCUCGCAAAAGUUCGCAACGAGGUCCUCGAGACGGGCCUUGACAAGAUCAACGACAUCAUCAACAAUCGCGUCCUGCCCGUCCUGCCCACCGACGCCGAAUCCAGCGUCGACACACCAGCCCGCGUUCCCUCACCAACCCUAUCCAUCGAGGAAGUCCCCCGCAUCCCCUACGAAGACUCCCCCGUCCCACCAAACCUGUACACGGACCUCGCCCUCCCAGCCCACCUCAGACCACUAACGCCCAACGUCGUCAACCACCACACACCCCAUCACCGCUCCCACUCCCAACAUCUCGAAGCAGAAGCAGAAAUGCAGCACCUCGCCCACGAAAUCUCCCAACUCCGCGACCAACUCCACGGCCUGCAAGCCAACCACGCCGAAAGCAGCAUGAUGCACAUGAACGAAACGCUCCGCCUGAAGGAAGAGCAGGCGCAGCAGGGUGCGGGCCUGUUCAGUAUACGUGCACAGGUGCAGUGGUUGCUGAAUCGCGAGAGGGAGAGGAUACAGAUUGCGCAUCAUCAGGCUGCUGCGGCUCAGCAGGGACAGUCGCAACCGUCGUCCCAGGGUGGAGCGGGGGUGCCAGCGCCCGGACCUUCCUCCUCGACGACAUCGCCAGCCGUGGCCGCGGCGAGACCGGUGGGUCUACAAAGAGGCAGGACGUCCAUGGCGUCAAACACCGAUCGGCCGUCAGAGCUGUUUCGCAAUCCGACUGCGCCUGUCCCCGCUAGCGGCACGAACGGCGAAGGCUCAACGACCAGUACUAGAAGCAGCUUCAGCAAUGCCGGCGUGGGGCUGAUGGAUGAUGCCGCCAAUGCUGCUGCUGGUGUGCCGAUCAGCGGUGCUGUGCCUAUGGCAAGAGGGAACUCUGGUGGUGUAAGCGGUGGCGUCGCUGUCGGUGUUGGUGUUGCUGGAGCAAGUCCGCGGAUGGUUGGCAGACCUGGUGGCGGUGGGAGGAGGUUGAGUGGGAGUCAGGAGCGGGUGAAGUUGUAG